AGUCAAUAUUGUUCUCUCUAUCCAUAAUUGAUGUGUUGGGGGAAAACAGCAUGAUUUCCUUGGUUUUCAUAAAGCACCAUAACUAAAAUAGAUUAGUAGACAACUAGGUGAGUCGUAAAUAGAGUAGAGGACUUGUAGUCAGGGAGGCCUGAGCUUGAAUACUACCUCAGACACUUACUAGCUGUGUGAUCCUGGACAAAUCACUUAGUCUUUCUAUGCCUUAGUGUCCUCAUCUUUGAAAUGGAGGUAAUAAUAGCAUCUACCUCUAAAGGUUAUGAUGAUUAACUGAGUAGAAAUAUGUAAAAACACUUUGCAGAACCUAAAGCCCUAUAUAAAUGCUAGCGAUUAUUGUUUUCAUUAUUUUACAUGAAAGGAUAUGUAUUUCUUAUUGAAACGGAUUUAAAGAGUAAUUUGUCAUUAAGGACGCAUGGUGGCGCUAUAGACUAAGAAGGCGAAUAAAAUACUGCAGAUCCUGCAGACUGCCUUACUUAGAGAAAACAGCAUACAAAAGACAAUCCCCGGAAGGGAACAUUUUCUAAGCCAUAGCUGGGGCUAAAAAAGAAAUACUCGUAAUUGCUAUCUGGGGACGCAAAAAACCUCAUCGCAAUCCCUUGGAUCAAGAAACCAGAGUUGAUUGUUUCAGCGAUUUCUCUACUGAAAGGACUGCACAGUUUACCCCACCACAACAAUGGAGACUGCGCCACGGAAAGCUCCUAAGAACAGGCAAGUAGUAUUUCUUAUUAUUGUGUUACUCCUUUCUGAGGCGGUUUCAGAGCUGCAGCGGUACUCCGUGGCGGAGGAAACUGAGAGUGGUUCCUUUGUGGCAAAUGUUGCAAAGAGCCUGGGGUUAGAGGUAGGGGCUUUGUCAUCCCGAGGCGCGAGGGUGAUCUCUGAGGAUAAGAAGCAAUAUCUGCAGCUGAAACGUGACACUGGGGAUCUUCUUAUAAAAGAGAAGCUGGACCGUGAGGAGCUGUGUGGCCCUGACGAGCCCUGUGUGCUGCCUUUCCAGAUUUUACUGGAAAACCCUUUUCAGUUCUUCCAGGCUGAGCUGAGGGUACAAGACAUAAAUGACCAUUCGCCCACGUUCCCAGAAUCUGAGAUGAUCCUGAAAAUAUUAGAAAGCACUACUCCAGGUUCUGUGUUUCCACUAAAGAUCGCGCAGGAUUUAGACGUUGGAAUAAACAGUCUCCAGAACUAUACUAUCAGUACUAAUCCCCAUUUCCUCGUCCUCACUCGCACACGCAGUGAUGGAAGAAAGUACCCGGAGCUGGUGCUGGACAAAGUGCUCGAUAGGGAGGAGCAGCCUGAGAUCACUUUAACUCUCACAGCAUUAGAUGGGGGGAUUCCACCCAGAUCCGGGACGGCUCAAGUCCGAGUUCUGGUUAUGGACAUCAAUGACAAUGCCCCUGUUUUUCCUCACUCCCGGUAUGAGGUUGAAAUCCCAGAGAACAGCCCCAUAGGCUCUCUGGUCGUUACCGUGUCUGCUCGGGAUUUAGACACAGGGAUCAAUGGAGAUAUAUCCUACACCAUAUUCCAAGCUUCGGAUGAAGUCAGUCAAACCUUUGGAGUAGAUCCCAUUUCAGGAGAGAUUAGACUGAAAAAACGACUGGAUUUCGAGGCAAUUAAAAAAUAUGAGGUGGAUAUUGAGGCAAUAGAUGGCGGGGGCCUUUCUGGAAAAUGCACUAUUGUGGUUCAAGUAAUGGAUCUGAAUGACAAUCCCCCGGAACUGACUGUGUCCUCACUUACCAGUAAUAUCCCAGAGAACUCCUCAGAGACCGUGGUCGCUGUUUUCAGCAUCCGAGAUCGAGACUCCGGGGACAACGGAAAGAUGAUAUGUUCCAUCCAGGAAGAUCUUCCUUUCUCCCUGAAACCAACUUUCAAGAACUUUUACACACUGGUCACAGAGGGAGGGCUGGACAGAGAAAGGAGAGCCCAGUAUAACAUCACUGUUACCGUCACAGAUUUAGGGUCCCCGAGGCUCAAAACCGAGCACAACAUUACGGUAUUCAUCUCUGAUGUCAAUGACAAUCCCCCAGUGUUUACUCAGAAAACCUAUACACUCUAUCUCAGAGAGAACAACAGCCCCGCCCUCCAUAUUGGCAGCGUCAGUGCACAUGAUAGGGAUAAAGGAACCAAUGCUAAAGUUACCUACUCCCUGCUGCCUCCAGAGACUGAAGACUUUCCUCUCUUCUCUUACAUCUCCAUCAACUCUGACAAUGGACAUCUCUAUGCUCUGAGAUCCCUGGAUUAUGAAGCCAUCCAAACUUUCCAGUUCACUGUGAGGGCAAUUGAUGGAGGCUCCCCAGCCCUGAGUAGUCAGGCUCUGGUUCAGGUCGUGGUCCUAGAUGAGAACGACAACUCUCCCUUUGUGCUGUACCCCCUGCAGAAUGGCACAGCUCCCUGCAAUGACCUGGUGCCCAGGGCAGCAGAGCCAGGUUACCUGGUGACAAAAGUCGUGGCGGUCGAUAGGGACUCAGGACAAAAUUCCUGGCUUUCCUACCAGCUACUCAAAGCCACUGACCCAGGACUCUUCACUGUAUGGGCUCAUAAUGGGGAAGUUCGCACAGCAAGACCCAUCAGCGACAGAGACACCAUCAAGCAGAGGCUUCUGGUUCUGGUGAAGGACAAUGGGAAGCCUUCUCUGUCCACAGCGGCCACGCUGAAUGUACUCCUGGUGGACGGAUUCUCUGAGCCACAUGUGCAGCUCCCAGACACAAAGAAGGAGCAAGUCCAGAAUGACUCCCUCACUGUCUAUUUGGUCAUUUCUCUUGUUUCAGUCUCAUUCCUCUUCCUGGUCUCUGUAUUCCUUUUCAUAGCUGUGCGCUUAUGGAAAAGGAAGAGAAAUGCUGCAAAUGGAAUUUGCUUGGCGACUAGUGGCCCCUAUCCAGGUCACUUAGUUGACAUCAGUGGCACAGGGACUCUUUCCCAGAGUUACCAGUAUGAGGUGUGUCUGACCAGUGGCUCAGAAAAUGGAGAAUUCAAGUUCCUGAAGCCCAUUAUUCCCAGUCUCCAAGCUCAGAAUACUGAGAGAGACUUAGAAGAAACUCCACCUUUUAGGAGUAGCUGUGACUUCAAUUAGAGGUAUGAAGCGAUGACAAUGCAGUGUGAUUUUGUGAUAUGUGUUGUGGACGUUGCCCCGGUAGUCCUUUAUUGCUUGGAUUAAUAGUUACUGUAUAUACUACUCUUUGAAAAUGUUUUGACUUCUUCAGGUUGGACAUUCCAGUCAUUUGGAUACUCAUGCAUUGCCUUCAUUUACAUUUUCUUCAUUUUGAAGUCAGAGGACAGAAUUUUGUAUAUGAUUGAAAAAUGUAGGGCUCACAUUUGAACCCUAACCCAUCCUCUGAGCUCAUAAGAAUACUCUGCUUGUUGUAACUUGUAUCUCCCUACCACUAAACUUUACAGAAACAAUGAAGAUGAGUAUAACGUGGAUGUUAGAUACUCUAAAAUUAUCAUGGACUUAGGUCAAUCUUUGUUAUCAUCUGUACUUUACAGUUUCAUAUUAUCUUCCCAUAUUGCUUUAAUACAAGUAAAUGCAGUGCUUUGCUCUACAGUUUUUUUUCCUACAAAAGGUCAUAAUUAUUCUCAAGCUUAGCAGUUUCUCUUAGCAAAUUCAACUUAUUCAACUCCAUGUCCACUUCUGUGUGACAUUUUAGAAAUAAAAUUAUUAUAUACGUGCUUGAAAAUUAGCAUCAUAUACCAACUGAAAUAAUUUUAAUUCAAGAAACAUAAACCUAUUUUAGGAAAUAGACACAUUUUCAUCGAAUAUAAUUUUAAAUAGGAUUUUAUGUGAUUAUCUCAUACCCAACAAAUAUUUGGAGCUUCUAUGAGGAGUCUUUAAAGGUACACCUAUUUCAUGUCUUUAAUUUUUAAUUUGCGGUUUUGGAACUUUAUAUUAUAGUUAUUUGCCAGCACUACUUCCCCGUGCCCAAAGAACUAUCCUUUAUAACAGAUAAAAACAGUUGAUCAAAAUAAACAAUCAAAAUGACCCCAUCAGACUGAGAGUGCUAGGUUCCACACCUUAACUCACCACCUCUCUACUGAGAGAGAUAAAUUGUGAUUCAUCAUGUACUCUAGAUACAGGAUUGGUUGCUACAUUUAACUUAAUUCUAAGGUUUUUUAGUGUUGUUUUCAUUUAAGUUCUUGUAGUCCCUAUUUACAGUAUUACCUUGAUUCUAUAUUUCCUUUCCAUCAGUUCAUACUUGUCUUCUCAUGUUUCUGACGUGCACCUAUCCGUUUUUUCUUAUAGAUUAAUACUAUUCAAUUACAUUCAUCUACCACAAUUGUUCUGCUAUUCUGUAGUCAAUGAACACCUUUGCUACUUGCAAAGUCUGUUUUGCUAUGAAUAUUUUGGUAUAUAUGGGACAUUUGUUUAGAUCAUAUCCCAAUUUCACAUAUAGAAAUAAACAGAUGUCUUUGAUUAUCUCAAGGACCUUGAGUAUAUUAACAAAGUGAUUGGAAAAUUGUGAAUUGGUUUGAUCCAAAAGAAACAAAUGUAAUUUUUCUGAAUCUUCAUAUUCUUCACUGCUUUCAAUACUAUUUCAGUGUGUCUGGAUAAUUAUCUUAAACUAGAAUUUAGUAGUAGAUUAAGUCCCUCCUCCAUAAUACAACACAAAACAGUUCUGUACCCAAAUGUAUUGUCAAACACUGUCCUAGAGUUUAAAUAUUUUGUUUAUCCCCCUUGAACCUAUGUGCACUUGCAAAUAUCUCUUCCUAAAGGUGGUUAAAAUGAUUUUAUUAUGCUCUUUAUCCCCCACUACACCUCUUGUUAUUCUCCUUCUCCUCUUGCUCUCUUUGCCU